GGGUUAUUCUUUCUACUGCGAUCUGACAGUUCACUGCAGGACGGGAGGGAAGACCAGCGUGAACAAUCACGUUCCUGCUAGAAAAGGAGGGAAGAGACUCCCGCUGAUGGACCUUACACCAUGGCAGCGGAGCCCUGCCUCUGAGAGGGCAGCUUAGGAGUGGGAUUCCUAUGUGCCUUCCAGUUUGCUGAACUGCUGCUUUACUCCCGAAAGAAAGAAAGAAUGUGGCAGCUUGUUUUCUUUACUUUGAGCUGUGAUCUUGUCCUAGCCGCAGCCUAUAACAACUUUCGGAGAGGCAUGGACAGCAUGGGGAAAAGGCAGUAUCAGGUUCAGCAGGGGUCCUGCAGCUACACUUUCCUCCUGCCGGAGACAGACAACUGUCGCUCGACUAGCUCCUACGCGUCCAGCGCUGUACAGAGGGACGCACCACUAGAUUAUGACGACUCCGUGCAGAGGCUACAAGUGCUGGAGAACAUCAUGGAAAACAACACUCAGUGGCUAAUGAAGCUUGAGAAUUAUAUCCAGGACAACAUGAAGAAAGAAAUAGUAGAGAUACAACAGAACGCAGUACAGAACCAGACGGCCGUGAUGAUAGAAAUAGGCACAAACUUACUGAAUCAGACAGCAGAGCAAACACGGAAGUUAACGGAUGUUGAAGCACAAGUAUUGAAUCAGACAACAAGACUUGAACUUCAGCUUCUGGAACAUUCCCUUUCCACCAGCAAAUUGGAAAAACAGAUUUGGACCAGACCGUGAAAUAAACAAAUUGCAAGAAUAAACAAAAGCCAAUACAAAAACAAUUUCCUGGAAAAGAAAGUGCUAGACAUGGAAGACAAGCAUAUUGUUCAACUACAGUCGAUAAAAGAAGAGAAAGAUCAGCUCCAAGUAUUAGUAUCCAAGCAAAAUUCCAUCAUUGAAGAACUAGAAAAACAAUUAGUGACCGCCACGGUGAAUAGCUCAGUUCUCCAAAAGCAGCAACAUGAUCUGAUGGAGACAGUUCAUAAUUUAUUGACUAUGAUAUCAUCAAACUCAGCGAAGAACUCCUUCAGUGCUAAGGAAGAAGCAGUCGUUUUCAGAGACUGUGCAGAAGCAUUCAAGUCAGGGAGGACAGCGAACGGCAUCUAUACGCUGGUGUUCCCAAACUCCACAGAGGAGAUAAAGGCAUACUGCGACAUGGAGACGGCUGGAGGUGGGUGGACCAUCAUUCAGCGGCGGGAAGAUGGCAGUGUUGACUUCCAGAGGACUUGGAACGAAUAUAAAGUGGGAUUUGGGAACCCUUCCGGUGAACACUGGCUGGGAAAUGAGUUUGUUUUCCAAGUGACCAAUCAACAGCCCUACGUGCUUAAAAUACACCUUAAAGACUGGGAAGGGAAUGAAGCGUACUCACUGUAUGAACAUUUCUCUCUCUCAAGUGAAGAAUUCAAUUACAGGAUUCACCUUCAAGGACUUACAGGGACAGCCGGCAAAAUAAGCAGCAUCAGCCAACCAGGAAAUGAUUUUAGCACAAAGGAUGCAGACAACGACAAAUGUAUUUGCAAAUGUUCACAAAUGCUCACAGGAGGCUGGUGGUUUGAUGCGUGCGGUCCCUCCAACUUGAACGGAAUGUACUACCCGCAGAGGCAGAACACAAAUAAGUUCAGCGGCAUUAAGUGGUACUACUGGAAAGGCUCAGGCUACUCGCUCAAGGCCACGACCAUGAUGAUCCGACCCGCAGGUUUCUAAAUGCCCGCACGCGCCUGAGGAGGGACAGGCUGUGCGAUUUUCAAAGACUUAAUCCCGGAGCUCUCAAAGACGCAUCCUCAUGCUGUCUCCUCUACCAUCUCGAGACGGACAGCACGCGCUCGGUGCACAGGGGUCCACGGGCUCUGGCCCCGAGUUCCUCGCACCUCCUCGCUUAGACCCGCAUCACUCGUGAACCCCGAGCACAACCCUGGUUACGAUGACCUGUUGGAACGCCUAUGGGAAGAUAGAGUGAGGCCUGCGAAUUUAGGACUGACAAUUCACAGACGCUGUUGUCACAACCAAGAAUGUUGUGUCGAGUUCAUCCGUAAAUAACUGGAAAACAGAACUCUCACGCUACGCAGUACAGAUAACCUUGGAACUGCGUCCUUCUAAGUACUGUUUAUAGAUUGUAUAAAUAUCCAUAUGUCCCGAGUUCAGCAUCACUACCAUAAUU